AUGUCUCCUAAGUAGAAGCGAUUUUAUUAUGUUUUCACUCUAAAAGAAAAUUAAAAGCACAUAAUUAAGCUUAUUAAUCAAUUAAUAAGCGUUAUUACUGUCGCUCAUAUUGCUGCCAUAGGCUGGUACUUUAUUGGAGUACAGGAAAUUGUGAAUAAUUAUCCUACUAACUGGCUUGAUAAACUUGGUAUAUCUUCAUAUUUAUAUUAUGAGAAAUAUAUUUAUUCAAUAUAUUGGUCAAUAACUACUAUGACAACAGUGGGGUAUGGCGAUAUUGCAGCUUCUAAUUAUAUUGAAGCUCUUUUUAUAGCAAUAAGCAUGAUUUUAUUUAGUUGUGUAUUCGCUUACUCUAUCAACAAUAUUGGUUUUAUUCUCUAGGAAAUUGAGAAAUCCUCUAAGCAGUUAAAUGAUAACAUUACAACAAUAUAAAGAUAUCUUAAUAGAAAAAAUGUUAAUAUUUCACUUAAAAGCAGAGUAAGACACUAUCUGUCGUUUUUAGCUCAAGAAUAGAAAGAUAGAAAUAAAGAAUAAGAGGAUUAAAUAAUGUCAAUUCUUUCAAAUAAACUUCGAGAUGAAAUAACAAUAGAAAUUAACUCAAAGAUACUCAGCAACUACCACAUUUUUAGCUCUAAUUUUUCAUAAACAACUUUGAAAAAGCUAGUGUUCAGAAUGAAAGAAGUAUUAGUAAGCCCAAACGAAGUUAUUUUCAGUGAUGAGUAAUUUGAUGAUUUAUCAAUUUAUUUCAUCUAAAAUGGUGUCAUAGAAAUAUAUCAGCAAUCAAUUGUAAAACAAGGAAAAGUUAGUGUGAUUUAAACAUUAACAGAAAAUCAAUUAUUUGGUGAGAUAUCAUUUUUUUCAGGGCUUUCAAGGAAAGCUUCAGCAAGGAGUGUAAAUUUAUCAACUCUUUAUAAAAUAAGCAGAGAGGACUUUUUAGAAGUAUUAAAAGAAAAUGAUGAGGAUUUUGAAAGAUUUAAGAUGAUGCAAGAGCAAAUAAAUUUUUAAAAUGAAUUAUAAAUUUUGUAUACAGAAUGCUACACCUGUAAAUAAGUAGGUCAUAUUGCUAAAAAUUGCCCAAAAACACAUCAUCUAUUUGAUAAAUAAUUUAUAAUGUUAAAAAGUAAUAUUUCAUUUUUCUAAGAUAGAGUCUAUUAUGAAAGAAGAUAAAUCAGGCUUAAAUAAAAGGCAUCUUUUCUAGUUAAGUAAAACUCAAAUAUUUGUAACAUGCUUAAAGAAAAUUUGGAAAAUUUAAAUACAGAAAUAUAUUUCUUGUUUAAUACAGAAGAAAAUCUAAAUGGUUCAGAAUUUACUAUCUCAGAAGAUUAAGAAGAAGAUGAGGAGGAGGAGGAAGAUGACGAUGAGUCAGACGUUAAAUCUUAAUAAACAUUUAAAUCAUAAAAAAGUGCAUCUGCAUCAUAAAAGAAUUAAUUGAUGAAAAAAAAAACAAUAAAAGGCACUAAAAAUGUUAACAUAAGUCCAUAAAAAAUAAAUAAAAAUACCUUUUUUAACGAAAAUGAACAGCCACAGGAAGCAUAGUAAAAAGAUAAGCAAACUUCAAACAUACCAAACGAACAUUAAGAUUCUAGCAAAAAUAUUUCUUAUUCAUAAAAUAAACUAAACUCUAUGGAAAUAAAAGAAAAUAAUACUAACCAUUUAAUUACAGAAUAAAGUAAUGAUAGCUCAAAUUUAAAUAAUUCACCCUAACAAGAAAAUAAACAAUCCCAAAAAAGAGAUUCAAUAUCAUAAAAUUCAAAUCCUACAGAUAUUUAGCAAAUAAAAAGUAAUGAUAGUAUUGAUUAAGGUUCUCGGAGCCCAGGAAGAAAUAAGAAAUAAAAAAAUCUACCAAAUAGAAAUAAAGUUGGGUCUAAUAAUUUUUAAUAUUCCUUUAAUAUUAACAAGGUAUCUAACAAAUUUAUUGAGGAUGUUAACUAAGAAAAUUAAAGUAUUGAUUUUUAAAAAUAAUAACCUGGAUCAGAUAAAAUAAGUUAGGUUAUAAGUCAAUACUAAUCAUCGUUUAACAACUCAAAAAGAUUGUUCUCACAAAACAGCACCAAAACGCUAAAUAUUGAAAACACAGAAUUUAGGACCUCUAUUGACUAAAUUCUGCUAUAAGGUAUGAUAGCAAAUACAAUCAUAUAGGCAUAAAGAUAGUCUCUUAUCUAAAAAAAAUCUAAUAAUUAAUAAAAUAUUUUAUAAGAUGUUUUAGAGAAGUGUUCCUAUUAAAAAUCGAGGAAUGAAAUAUGUGAAGCUGAUAAUAAUACAAAUAAAAGAUAAGGAUCCAAUAGAUCAAUAAUAGAUCACAGAGAGGAAAAAUCAAUCAAAAAUUUAUCAAAUCUGAACCCAAUAUCUAGAAGCAAUUCUUCAAAUAUAAAUAACAAUAAUAAUAACAAUAGCAACAUCCCUAACAGCAAUAUUAAUAUAAAUAACGGAAAUAAUAACAAUAAUAAAAAGAAAUUAAGUGAAAACAAUUAAAUCAUAGAAGAUAUGAAAUUUGUAGAAAGAUUUUCAAGAUUAAUGCAAACAACUCAACUACCAUUACUAUUAUAAUAUACAUCAGGAUUAAGUCUUAAAGAGAUGCACUCUAUGAGCAACAUUAAUUCUAUGGAUUAUUUUGAAAAAAUACGUUAAAAUAUUGUAAUGCCAUAAAAUUAAACUAGAAUUUCUAGUUUUAAUUUAAAUUCUGGUUAAAUUAAGUUUGGUUUAUUAGAUUUCAAUAUAGACAAAUACAAACCAACUUAUUUAUCAUAUGGUGUAUCAAUGAGAAAUGGCAUGACUUAUCCUAAAAAUAACUUUAAUUGA